AUGAAAACAACUAGAAAUGUAAAAAAAUGUGCAACAAAAGCACUCAAUAAAAGUAAUAUUGAUCCUCCGAAGGAAAACGCAAGUUUCAUUCAUAAUGAUAAUUAGCAUAUUACUUCAAGACAAAGCAAAAUACGGGAGACUGUUUCGACUUAAAGAAGCUAAGGUGCUACUAAUAGAUCAAAACCUUAGUAACAAUAAUAAAUGGGAGUACAUCUAAGAUUUCGCAAUAACAUUAUUUCAUCUACAAAAAAUCAAAGAAAGGAAUCUAAUGCUAUAGUGAUUAGAGAUGAAAGUUAGCUUCAUCAGCAUUCAAGGCAAAAUAGCAGCAGAAGUCAUUCAUUAGGAGUUGAAAAGGCUAAAAAGGAAAAGGAGAAAAAAUCCAGAAAAAAAUCUCAUAAAAGGAAGAAGAGUGGUGGGAAUGUAUUAAUCGAGCAAGAAAAUAAAAAAAACUCAAAUUUUCUUGAUAAUAGUGAUGUACUGGAGACAAGAUUAAGGAGGUUCAAUAAAAUAGAAGAUAAAGAAAACAGAAACAUUCAAGAACAAUUCUCUUAAAGAAGAUAAUCGACAAUAGAAGUAUAAUGCUUGAAAGAGGAAAUUUUGGACUUGCAGAAAAAGCUAUUUGAAUGCUAGAAUAACUUAUCUUAGCAAUAAUACAAAAAUGACUGUGUGAAUCAGAAGUAUAAAAUUUUGAAAGAAGAAAAUUCAAAACUCUCAGAGGCUUUGAAACAAGAAGCUGAAAAUUCUCUGAAGUUAUAUGAUAGAGGUUAAAAUUAUAAGAUAAAGUACAAAUCUAAUUAGCAAGAAUUAAAAUCUCUCAAAGAAGAGGUUAAAGGCCUCAUUGAUUAAAGAAACGAUGAAAUCAAUCAAAUUAGAGAAUCAAUCGAGCAGUAAAUAGAGGAAUAUUACAAGGAGAGAGAUUUUAUUACCAGAAUAUGCUAAGAAAUCAAUAUAAAGGCUUAUCAACUGCAUAGAUUCUACAAUGAAAGUUAAAGUUCUGUUAAUCACUAUAAUCCUUAACAGAUUGCAAGAGACCUUUUACAGCUUAGUUGCUAAAUGGGAUAGAGCAGAUUAGUAUUUUAGGGAGAGGGCAAUAAGCAUACUGAAAUGGUAAAAUUGGUAUCUAUAGUUGAAGAAAAAGACUCAAAAAUCUCAGGAGAAAAUUAUGUAGUUUAUGUAAAUGAAUUAGUAAAAUUCCUCCUUCUAAUCCUAAAUCUAUCAAACGAAUUAAGAUUCAAGGUCGAUAAAUACUUAGCAGAUGGCUCCACUUUUUCAGAUCCAGGUAUGAGAUAUUAUACGAAUAACAAAUAGAUAAAUGAGUAGAAGUCAGAAUAAGAGAGACACUACAAAUUAGUUUCUCAUGAUAAUGAUACUUUUCAUAAUAUAAAUGAGGAUUAGCAAAGAAUUCCUCCUCUUUUAAUAUUGAAUGAUAUAAGCGACAAGCUGAAUUAAAGCACAUUACCAGCUUCAGGAUUAAUAAGCGGAGUCAAUUCAACAACUAAUCAAAAUAAUAACUUCAAGCACAAAUUUCAGACACAUUAAUGGUAACCACAAAUACUUUCUAAUAUUCAGUAAAUGAUAUAAGAUGGCAAAACUAGUGGGAGAAGUCAUGAAACUUCGACAUUCUAGCAGCAUUAAGAGUACUUGGAAUCAUUAAAGGAAGCUGGAGAGGAUUCAGAAGAGGAUCAAUUUAGCAGCUAGGUUUAUAGAAUUAAAGAUUAAAGACACAAUAAUCAUUAACUAAAGGAAUAAAUAAACAGAUAUGAUAAUGCGAGUGGUAGUGGGUGCUAUGAAGCUGAUCAAAGCUAUAUUGAAAGGUCAAGAUUAAAUAUCAACAGUAGUAGAGAUAGUCCAGUAAAGCCCUUAAUGAGAUUACAAAAUGAAUCGUAAUUAACUAGCAGUUAGAAUUAGUUUGAUUCAAUUCCUACCGAUAUUAACCAAAGUUAAAAGAGAUAUUCUUAAAACAACUACAAUACAGACACAAUUACUGCUAGUUCAUAAAUACUAAGUCAUAGGACAUUCAAUUUAAAGAAAGAAAUAAAUAACUUGGAUGAAGAAAUAUCAAUUCUUCAGAAUAGUUUACAGAAUGCUCUAGCAAAACGAAAAUAAAAUUGA